CUCACGACCUCUCCCUCCUCCUCUCUCCUAAUUAAUAUCACCCCUCCAGGCUGCUUGGACUCCGCCAUGCUCGAGUCUGACUCCUAGAGCCCUCGUCCAGCGUCUCUUCCCCUUCGCUUGUCUUUGUGUUGUUUUGCUGCUCUUUUGUGCCCUCCUCUUGUCAGCCUUCUCCCACCUCUCGUACUUGCCUUGCAACAGGCAGGUUGUACAUAUACGCCAUCUUUGGUUCCUUCCUUGUUCUUUUGCAGCGUAUUCGGGGUCUAGAUCUCGCCAAUUGACCUCUUUGCUUUUUACUGCCUUGUCUUGAAAGGCCCGUUUUGGGUUAGAACACUCGCUCGCUUGUUCGUGGCUACAGAAGUUCGCCUCACACGCGCGGUGGAGGCAGACGGAAAGGAAAUCCGGGGUCUCAGCUUCAAUUGGAGCUAUUCACCAGCUCGCUGCAAGAGGAUCCCUUGUUCGAUCCUGUUCCUCUUCAUUCACUGCCUCGUGAGAGCUGCAGGUAGCCCGAGAGGUUUUUUCUGCCUAGUACUGGAUAAUCCAGGCCGGCUUCACCCUCUGCUUGUGAUCGACCAAUCUCUCGCCUCUACAACCUGCAAUUGGGAAAGGGACGCCUCAUGAAAGCAUAAAUAUCCUUUUGGUCUACUUUGUGAAAGAGAAAUCUUAUCCCAGCAGCCCCAACAGCCCCACACCAUGGACACCAUGGACAAGUUUCUUAGUGAGCUGCCGGCCAAGAUGUUGCCCCUGGUCCCCUUCAGAUUACCUGUCGUCGAGCCUGGUUUUUGGCAGUCCGCCACAUUCUGGACAUGCGUCUUUUGGAUUCUGUGGCUCCAUCGAUAUGUCCGGCUGCUUGUUCACUGCGUCAGCCAUUGGACCUACAAAUCGAAGCCGAUCCCUAGCCAGCCACGCUUUACCCACGACGACGUCACGGUCAUUAUUCCUACCAUCCAUAAUGCGUUUGAGGAGCUUCGACCGUCGCUUCAGAGCAUCCUGGCCUGCAAGCCGGCCGAGCUGAUUCUGGUCACAACGCACGACAAGCGCAAGGCUCUUGACGAGCUGGCUGGGUCCCUCAACUACCCCCGGGUCCGUGUCAUGCACACAUCUAUUGCCAACAAGCGCCUCCAAGUCUGCGAGGCUCUGCCUACCGUGGAGACUCCCAUCACCAUCAUGGCUGACGACGAUGUGGCCUGGCCCUCUACCUUGAUGCCCUGGAUUCUCGCCCCCUUUGAAGAUCCCAAGAUCGGCGGCGUCGGCACCUGCCAGCGAGUGAAGCGCGAGUGGACGGCGCCGUGGUCGGUUCGCAUCUGGAACUGGCUGGGAGCGGCAUACAUUGAGCGCCGCAACUUUGAGAUCUCGGCCACUCACAACAUGGACGGCGGCACCUCGUGCAUGUCUGGCCGCACUGGGGCGUACCGAUCGGAAAUCCUCAAGAGCCAUGACUUCCUCGACGGCUUCAAAACCGAAAAGUGGAGAAAGUGGAUCUUGAAUGCUGACGACGAUAACUUUGUCACGCGAUGGUUGGUGAGCCACCAGUGGAAGACCUGGAUCCAGUAUGAGCGCGAAUGCGAGAUUGAAACCACUCUGGAGAAUGGCCCCAAGUUCCUGUAUCAGUGCUCCCGCUGGGCGCGUAGCAACUGGCGAAGCAACUGGACCAGCCUGGUCAAGGAGCGGCACGUGUGGAGACAACAGCCCUGGUGCACCUACGCCCUCCACUUCGCGACCUUUACCUCGUUGGCCUUUGUCGUCGACCCGCUUCUGCUUGCCUCGUGCUGGUGGGCGACGGCUGAGUGGCAUGUCCAGUACCGACUCUACGCCUUCUGGGCCCAGUUCAUCUUCAUGUUUGGCUUCACCAAGUUUGUCAAGCUCAUGGGACUUUUGUUGCGAAACCCGAGCGAUAUCAUCUUUGUUCCCGUCUCCAUUGUCUUUGGAUAUUUCCAUGGCCUGAUCAAGCUCUAUGCCCUCAUUACUCUUAACAUGACAUCGUGGGGCAGCCGAGCUGACGGCGAUGCAAAUGAUGCGCAGCGGCUCGCACCGGCGCCAUCACCAUCUAAGGUAUUAACGACUCCUCGUGGUGCUAAGUCGCUCAUCCGCUUUAACGUCCGUCAAAAGGGAGGACUGACGUCGACGCGGACCGAGCAAGAUUCGGCAUGGGAAAAGCGCGCAUGCGCUGCCUACGAGUCGGGCACUUCAUACCCCGAAAAACAUGAAGCCGCUGGCAUGCAGAAUGGCCAUGAACAACCACAAUCGAUGCACUUCAGUAACGCUUCUCAGUAAUGGGUCAUGAUCAGUUAUCCCCCCCCUUUUCCCCUCCUUUUUUGGGGGAGGAUUUUUACAUACAAAAAAAAAAAAGAGGCCAAUCACCUACAGAUAUUCAUCUAGCUGGGAUUUGGUUUUACGUGAGCUACGAGAAAUGAUGUUUUUUUUUUUUCAUGGAAUACUGGGUUUAGUACCAUUUCAUGAAUUUUAGGGCAUGAUAAAAAAAAGGUAUGCCCGAUUACGAUUUUUAUUGGGCCAUUUAGGGCGGGGUGGAAACAACAAAUUGCACUACGGCGGUAUAUUCCAGCAGAAUAAUGGGCUCUGCUGCACAUGGACAUAUGGGACGGGAUGGGAUGGAAUGGAUGGAACGCAUGGACUUUUGGUUGAUUUCUAGGGCAAUGUAUCGGCGUUGAUUUUGGGAAUACAAGUCCCUGCUCAACAGUGCAUUCCCGGGACUGUUACGGCUUUGACAACAGGUGGUGUUAUAUUUGACCCAUCAGGCGUUGAUUGCUUUAGACUGCCCUUUUUGCUUUUCUUUGUUUUUUGUUUUUUUCUAAUUUGCCAAUGGAACGGAACGGGAAGGGGACAGGACUGGAUUUACAAAAUUUAAAAGAUGAAAAUCACCCGGAUUAGCACAUCACUCAGAAUGAUAUUAGGACGGCGAGUUUGUCGUCUACGGAUUACCUAGGUAAUAGAAUUGGUAAUUUCUUCUCAAAAACGUGGCCAUGUCUCAGACAAAAAAAAAUCUUGACUCACCCAGC